GGGAAAGGGGAAAAAAACAGAAAAGCAUUCAAAAAUUAAAAAAAAAAAAAAAAAACAUUAUAAAUGGAGGAAAGCAGUAGCGAGUUACAAAGCCGAUGCUAUGAAGAAUGGAUGAAGCUACAAGAACAAGAACUCUCCGAGCUCCUUGAGGCCAUACAUGGUGACCAUUCAAACGAAGAAAACAGCAAAACUCGGUUGCUGAAUCUUAUCCAGAAUUGCCUACAACACUUCCGAGAUUAUAGCAAGAGGCGGAAUGAACUUGCUGCUUCAGAUGUUUCCCCUUAUUUUGCUCCAAAUUGGUGUUCCACCUUAGAAGGAUCCAUGCUCUGGAUCGGUGGAUGCAGACCCUCCAUGUUCAUCCGGCUUCUGUACGCGAAAAUUGGGAAAGAAAUUGAAUCGGGUCUUGAACAACAGGCAAAACUUGGGGGUGUUUCGGCUACGCAAAUGUGUUUGAUUAACAGUUUGCAAGCAGAAAUCAUCAAGGAAGAAGAUAAGUUGUCGGCGAAACUAACGAGUUUGCAAGAAGACCUGGCUGACCAGCCAAUUGCUCUAAUUGCAGAUGAUGAGAAUUCACACAGGGAAGAGAAUAACAGAAUCGCGGAUGAAGCGCUGGAUAAUCAUGCGGAAUCUACAGUGAAAUUGCUUGAAGAAGCGGAUGAGUUGAGGAUUCGUACACUUAAGGAGCUAAUUCUGGGUAUAUUAAGCCCUCUCCAAGCUGUGGAGUUUCUGGCUGCAAGCAAAAAGCUUCGCCUCUGUAUUCGUGAAUGGGGAAGAAGAAGAGAUAAUCGCCAUGGCAGGAACAUGACUGAUAACAGCUGAUGAUCCAUUGAAGAUCUUCUCUUCAAUUGUAGCCCAGUUCAUAAAUUGAUUAGCUAGCUGUUUUGGUCCCCUUAAUUUCUGGGUUUUUUUCACUAAUUAAGAAACCAAGUGUUCCUUUUCCUGUGUUUUGAAGUUUUAAUCAUUGUUUUGUUUUGUCCAAGAGUUAAAAUCUUAAUAAGAAAUGUAAAAUACUUUUUCAAGAUGUAAAAUUGUUGAAUUGUUUUAGUUCGAUCUGUAUUACGC